AUGGGCAGCUCCGUGGCCGAUAUGAUCCAAGACUCCGCUUUGGGACAGGCCAUUAGAUUCAUCACGCGGAACAAAGCAUUCGCCUUCCCUGAAGAUGAUCCUAAUUUCAAAAUUCCUUGGGAAGAAGCUCCCGCAUCAGUGAAGGAAAAGGAGAUCGACGUUGGCCCAGACGCAAGCCGAAUCACCAGCAAUGAUACUACUCCAGCGACUCUUUCGCACCAGAAUUCCUUCCUCCAUCAUGAGGAUGUCGAAGCCCCACCAGCUCUGAGCACAAUUCCUACAGCUCGUUCGUUGGCUCGCAGCCAAGUGGGCACGGUCACAACCAGAACCAGGACCAGAGAGCAAACACUGCCUUAUUCACGAGAACGUUUUGAAGUCGAGCAGGAAGAAGCUAUCGAACGUCAACAGAGCAGCGUGAUUGCCCCUCAAAGAACCGCCGACGGCGUCAUUCUCGUGGACUGGUACACUACCGAUGAUCCUGCCAAUCCGCAGAACUGGAACAGUUGGAAAAAAGCAUGGGUAACUUUUGUGAUUUGGCUGUAUACCUUCGUUGUCUACGCCGCAAGUGCCAUCUACACUUCGGCGGAACCACAGGUCAUGGAGAAAUUUGGCGUCGGCACGAGCAAGGCUGCACUGGGCUUGAGCAUCUAUGUACUCGGAUACGGAACUGGACCGAUGUUAUUCUCUCCACUCUCAGAAAUCCCCGCCAUCGGCCGAAAUAUUCCCUACGUCGUAUCAUUUGGCCUGUUCGUUAUCCUGUGCGUCCCGACUGCGUUGGCCAACAGCUACGCCAGUCUGCUUGUUCUGCGAUUUCUGACCGGUUUCAUGGGAAGUCCCUGUCUGGCGACUGGCGGUGCUACAAUGGGAGAUAUGUACGGCCUCCUCAAACUCCCCUAUGCCCUGACUGCCUGGGUUGCGGCCGCCUUCUGCGCUCCCGCCGUGGGCCCACUGUUAUCCGGCUUCAGUGUGGCGGUCGAAGGCUGGCGCUGGGCACUCUGGGAAGUCCUCUGGGGUGCGGCACCGGUCUUUGUGAUUAUGUUCGCUUCCAUGCCUGAGACGAGCGCGAGCAAUAUUCUCCUCCGCCGUGCGCGGCGCCUGCGCAACCUUACCGGUAAUCCGAACAUCAAGUCUCAAGGCGAGAUUGAUCAGGGAACCAUGAGCUUGAGCAAAGUUGCAGCAGACCAGAUGUGGAAGCCUAUUGAGAUCUUCCUCAAGGAUCCCGCUGUGUUCUUCACCAAUAUAUACACAAGUCUGAUUUACGGUAUCUACUAUUCUUUCUUCGAGGCUUUCCCGCUCGUGUAUAUCGGAAUCUACGGGUUCAACAUCGGCGAACUAGGGAUCGUGUUCACGUGCAUCAUUGUAGGCUGCAUCAUCGGCAUCGUCAUCUACUGCUCCUAUGUCUACUGGUACCUGGAGCCAGACAUCAAGAAGAAUGGUCUACGUGCCCAAGAACACCGGCUCGUUCCAGCCCUGUUUGCCGUCACCCUGAUGCCCGCCGGUAUUUUCUGGUUCGGUUGGACCUCCAAGGCCGAUAUUCAUUGGAUCGUCAGCAUCAUCGGCAUCACCUUCUAUGCCAUUGGUGCUUUUGUCCUCUUCCAAUGUAUCUUCAUGUACCUGCCGCUCACAUACCCGCAAUACGCAGCGAGUCUGUUCGCGGCAAACGAUCUGUGUCGGUCCGCGCUGGCAGCCGGCGCCGUCAUCUUCGCACACCCGUUAUAUGUCAAUCUGGGCGUUGGCCGCGGCAUCUCUAUUCUCGGCGGUCUUCUCGGCGGUGGCGUAAUUGGAAUCUGGCUUCUCUGGUAUUUUGGUGCCAGUCUCCGGGCUAGGAGCAAGUUUGCCAUAUCUUAG